GACCGCCCUCGUCGUUAAGAAUAGCGGGACCUGACUAUUCGCGUCGCGAAAGAAGCGGACAGCGGUCGUUGGCGAUUCCAACCCACACCAUUUGAGCCGAUCGGGAUCCCGAUCCGAGGGCAGUGUCCAAUCGCCGCUCGUCGACCCCCGUCCUACUCCUCCUCCGCUGCCGCCGCUUAAUCCUCCCGUCAGCGCCCUAUUCCAACCUAAAUCACAAUCCCAGCCGUCUGAUUCUCCGCCGGUGGUAGUCCGGAGCAGCGAUAUGAGUGAGGCCCCGCCCUCCGCCGCUGGUGACGGCGACGCAGGCGGCGCCUCGGUGGCAACCGGCGCUAAAAGUACGAUGGAGACGGUCAAGAACGUGUUUAGCAUGUGGGGGAAGAAAGUUGGGAAGACGGCGAAGAAGGCUGAGGAUUUGUCACGGAACACAUGGCAACAUUUGAAAACAGGGCCUAGUUUUGUUGAUGCUGCUAUGGGUAGACUUGCUCAAGGUACUAAAGUUAUAGCAGAAGGUGGUUACAAGAAGAUUUUUCAACAAACUUUCGAUUUGUUUCCUGAAGAGCAACUUAAAGAAACUUACGCAUGCUAUCUGUCAACUUCGGCUGGUCCUAUUAUGGGAAUUCUUUACCUCUCUUCUGCAAAGCUUGCCUUUUGUAGUGAUAAUCCUCUUCCUCAUAAAAAUGGAGAUCAAACUGAAUGGAGCUAUUACAAGGUCAUAAUUCCCUUGCAUCAGCUGAGAGCAGUUAAUCAUUCAAUAAGCAGAACAAAUUCUGCAGAAAAAUACAUCCAGAUCGUCUCAGUUGACAACCAUGAAUUCUGGUUCAUGGGAUUUCUACGUUACGAAAGCGCUGUGGCACAUGUACAGGAAGCUUUGCAAAAGAAUUAUAAGACGCAAUCAUAAUUAACGACAUUUACACUCUUAUGCUUCUGAACAACAAUACCAUACUUCAUAGGACUUGUGUUAGGGAGGAUGCUGAGUUGAGUCGAUGUUUGUUGAUCUUCCAGCUGUUGUAGGCAGUCGACAUGGAUUGUUCUUUGCAUAUUGAUAGGGGAGGUGGUAUAUGCAUUUGGUUACCCA